AUGAGCAGCCAACCACGUGGUAUAGUAGAAGUUCUAGCAAAUGUCAGACAGCAGCUAGAAAAGAGAGGAGGCAGAACAGUCCGUGCCUUAGGACGCACCUUUAGAGCUCUUGACUCCUUUGAUGGGAACAAAAAAGUAGACCCUCAAGAGUUUUCAGUCGGUUUAAGAGAAAAUGGAGUCAAUCUUAAUCCUCAAGAGUUAUCUUUUAUAUAAAUAAAUAUAAUAGGUACUAAAAUGGCCUGUAUCUAUUAUUUUUCUAAAAAAUAAAUAAUAAUUUAUAUAUAAUUGAAUUAAAUUUUACAAAAAUCCUAUGCAAAUCCUAUUUCAAUACUUUGACAAAGACGGAGACGGAACAAUCAGCUUUGAUGAGUUCUUAGUCGGUAUCAGAGGAAGACCUAGUGCAAGAAGACAAGCCCUCGUUGACAAAGCCUUCUUAAAAUUCGAUCGAGAUGGAAACGGUUACAUUGAUGCUAAUGAUUUGAGAGGAGUCUACAACUGUCGGUACCACCCUAAAGUACAGAGAGGACAGAUGACAGAGGAUCAAGCAUUUGCAGAAUUCUUGAGCAGCUUUAACGAUAGAAACAGAGAUGGAAGAAUCACGAAAGAUGAGUGGGAUGAAUAUUAUGCAGCUGUCAGCUCAUCUAUUGACAAUGAUGACCACUUUGUCCAGCUGAUGAAAAUGGCGUGGAAACUUGACUAA